AUGACCUCCUCCUCAUCUUCAACAUCCAAAGCCGCCGAAACAGCCAAAACAGCAACCACAGCCCUCACCCAGCCCGCGUCCGAGACCUCUCCCGCCGUCUCCUCCUUCCUCCACCAUCCCUACACUCGCGUCGCUCUCCCCUUCCUCAAUGGUGGUCUUGCCGGCAUGGCAGCAACCACAUGUAUCCAGCCCAUCGACAUGGUAAAGGUGCGGCUACAACUCGCCGGAGAAGGGGGCAAAUCCGCCGGGCCACGGGCAACACCAAUUAGCGUGACUCGCGAGAUCAUCGCCGCCGGGAAGUUCAUGGAUUUAUACACCGGUCUGAGCGCGGGUUUGUUGCGGCAAGCCGUAUACACGACCGCCAGGCUGGGAUUUUUCGACACGUUUAUGGGUGCCCUGACAACGCGCGCGGAGCAGAAGGGGGAGAAGAUCGGGUUUGCGGGACGAGCGACGGCAGGUUUAAGCGCGGGCGGUCUGGCGGCGUUGAUAGGCAACCCGGCGGAUUUGGCACUCAUCCGGAUGCAAAGCGAUGGGCUGAAAGCGAAGGAGGCGCGGGCGAACUACACGAGUGUGAUCGAUGCCCUGCGGAGGAUAAGUAGGAGUGAAGGCGUGUACGCAUUAUGGAAAGGAGCGAGCCCCACGGUCGUGAGAGCCAUGGCGCUGAAUUUCGGACAGCUGGCGUUUUUUAGUGAGGCGAAGAGUCAGUUGAAGACGAGGACGGAUUGGGGGUUGAGGACGCAAACGUUGGCGGCCAGUGCGCUGGCGGGGUUCUUUGCGAGUUUCUUUUCGUUGCCAUUUGAUUUCGUAAAGACGAGGUUGCAGAAGCAGACGAGGGCGCCGGAUGGGUCGUUGCCGUAUAAGGGGAUGGGUCAUUGUUUUGGGACGGUGGCGAAGGAGGAGGGGUUGUUGAGGUUUUACCGGGGGUUUGGGACGUAUUAUGUUAGGAUUGCUCCUCACGCGUGA